GUGUGUGAAGUGCGCGUGCAGCAUCAACAGGAGACGCUUCACGGCAGCUUGUUUUUCCCUCCACGCUGAACUGGUGUUUGUCGUUACGCACGAGAGGAAAGGAGCAGGACGAGUCUUACACCAUGUCGCCAACUUGUUGAUGUUGCUGCCACUUAUUUUUUUCUGCCGUCAUUCUGGGAUGUGAAGAUGCCACAUUCUGUCAACUCCUUCCCGACGGAAACACUCAUCUCAAAAACCUUCCCUUUGGACUUAAUCUCUACCAGCGUGUGGCCUACAGAGCCGUACGCAGCAGACAGCUUCAUCGGCAGCGUCAGCAACAUCAGCAACGUCAGUGGCAUCAGUGGGAAAGGAAUCCUCCGCUGCACCUAUAAGGAAGACUUUAAACGUAUCUUACUCCCUGCUGUGUACACCUUUGUGUUCAUUCUCGGACUUCCUCUCAAUGCUGCUGUCAUACUGAAAAUAUGGAGGACUCGGCCCAAUCUGUCCAAAAACAACAUUUAUAUGCUCAACUUGGCUAUAGCCGACCUCCUGUAUGUGAUGUCACUUCCCUUGCUUAUCUACAACUACGGCAGUCAUGACUACUGGCCCUUUGGGGAGUUUACUUGUAAGUUGGUCAGGUUUCAGUUCUACAGUAAUCUCCAUGGCAGCAUCCUCUUCCUCACCUGCAUCAGUGUGCAGCGCUACGUGGGCAUUUGCCAUCCCCUGGCGAUGUGGCACAAGCAAGGUGGACGCAGGCUGGCAUGGUGUAUCUGCGGAGGGGUGUGGCUGGUGGUCACCAUCCUGUGCGCUCCGACUUUUCACUUCGCUGCGACGGGAAUCCAGCGAAACCGCACCGUGUGCUAUGAUUUGAGUACGCCAAAGAGAUCAGUAGACUACUACCCUUAUGGCAUGGCUCUGACCUGCCUCGGCUUCGUGUUGCCUUUCAUGGGCGUGAUGGUGUGCUACUGUCGGAUGGCCCACAUCCUCUGCCGCCCAGUGUCCUACGAGGGCGUCUCCAUCGCCACUGGGGAGAAGCGAGACAAGGCGGUGAGGAUGAUCAUUGUGGUGGCGGCGGUGUUCUGCAUAAGCUUCCUGCCGUUUCACCUCACCAAGACCAUGUACCUGGUGAUACGUACUCUUCCAAAUGCACCCUGCGAGAUGAGAAACUUGUUUUCGAUCAUCUAUAAAAGCACCAGGCCGUUUGCCAGCAUGAACAGCUUUCUGGACCCCAUACUGUUUUACUUCACCCAGCCUCGCUACCGCCGGAGCACCAGGAGGUUUAUGCUCAAAGUCACCACCCUCAGGGACAAGGGCACCAGUGUGUGAGCUGACAGUACAUCAUACACUGCAACAGUAUUUCUUUAAGCCUUGUUGCUACACCAGUGGUGGAUCCCAGGAGGCUGCAAAGUGGUUCAUGUAUCGGUAGCUGAGUUUUUUUUUAAAAAACAAGUUUCCUCGUGCAUGAAAUGAAAGCCUUGUGCUUUACCUACUGCUCACCACAACAAAGAGCUACCUUCCUGAGAGGGUUUGAAAAUGAUUUAGAGGCACUGACAUAUCAAGAAGCCUUCUGAAAUAUGGCAAGCUGUUUUAACAUUUAAUGGCCAGACUGGAUACAUGGUGCAGAUAUCCAUAAUUCAAUUCUUCCUACAUAGAGAGCAUUUCAGACAUUCAUAAUGUCAUUCUUCCCAGGAACAACGACGCCACUUUUGACAUUGAUGUGUAUUAGGCUUUCAUCUUCAGAUAUCCACGUCAUUGUAAAUCCACCAAAAACAUUCAGGAUAUCUGCAGCAGAAUUCUUGUUAGGAAAACUCCAAUUUAGUGGUUAGCAUUGUUGCCUCACAGCUAAAAGGUUCCUGGUUCGAACCCAGGUUGGGGGAGCUUCCCUGUGUCAGCAUGGGCACCUCUAGGUACCCUUGCUUCCUCCUACAGUCCAAAGACAUGCAGGUUAACUGGUGACUCUAAAUUGCCCGUUGGUGGAAAUGUGGGCAUAAAUCUAUGUGUCAGCCCUGUGAUAGUCUGGCGACCUGUCCAGGGUGUACCCUGCCUCUCGCCCAGUAUCAGCUGGGAUAGGCUCCAGCCCCCUUGCGACCCCCAACAGGAUAAGCGGUUACGGAAAGUGAAUGGAUGAAAGAAUGCACAAUACAUUUGAAGAUAGCUGCACUUGCAUUGUUGCUAGUUAGUUUUGGAUAUUCAAAAUGACAUUAUGGAUAUCUGGAACGUUUUUUUCUGGAUAUUUGAAAUUAAAAUUAUGAUUAGUAACAACUGGAUUGUAGAUAUCUGAAAUUGGAUUUUUUUUUUCCUAUUAAGAACUGUGUUGCAGAUACCCUGAAUGUUCACUCUGAACAUCUAAAAUUCAAUUGUGGAUGUCCGAAAUUCAAAUCCAGAUGCCCAUGAGUAGCAAAAUUGAUGUAAUUUUUCCUAGGAAAAAUAAUGUUGAGGAUAUCUGAAAUGACUAUUUUAAAUAGGAAGAAUGACAUUGUGAAUGUGAUUACGGACAUCUGUAAUACACAUCUUUUUAUACUUUUCAAAGAUUUAAAGACAUCUUAAAUUUAGUUUUGACUUGUACAAAUUUCUACAUAUCUUAAAAUAAUAUUUUUUACGAGUAAGAAUGCAUUGUGGAUAUCUAUAUCUACCAUUCUGACUAGAGAGAAUACAGUUUUGAUUAGGAGAAAUGUUAAAUUGGAUAUCUAAAGUGUACUUGCACAGAGGAGUGUGAUUUGAUUAUAUGUUAAAACAACUUGCCAUACUGAAAUGCAAAAUGAAGGUUGUAAUCUCUUUAAUAUAAAAAGUAAACGGACGGAGAAAACCAGGAGGAAAAUUUCCCAGAGCUGAAAUAAAAAUGAUAUAAUCUUCAACGGGCAUUAACCAUCUCAGCCAUCACACUGUAUUUCUCUGGGGAACUCAGACAUUGAGGACACUUCUCAUUGAAAUUACAGAUACUGUCAUGCCUUUAUUUCAUGAUUAUUGAGGCUGAGUAGUGCUGUACAUGCACUAUUUGUAUCAGGGUAUUUACAUCCUGCAUUGUCCCUACUAUCUGUGAAAUGUUUAUUUUCAGUCUCCGCUGUGUGCUGGGUAGUAAAGAGAAACUUUUAUUAUUUUUGUAAAUAAUUAUUUUGUGUCACUCUGUGAAAUACAGUAUAAUAUAUGUAGAUGAUGCUAAUGAUAAUGCUCCAACAUGAUAAAAUAACAAGGAGUGUCUUCCUCCACAGUUUAAUGUAGAACUAAAAGUGAAAGAUGAUUUAGAGAUAUUGUACUGAAAUGGUUAAAGGGAGAAGGAAAGGUCAAUACAUGUAUUUUUGGGGAUAAAAUCCACCAUGGCACAAAGCCAUGUAAAUGCUUACAGUUACUGUACAUGUGUACGACUGCAUGCAUGAAGCACCUGUGUGGAAAUGUGCAUUUUUAUAUGGAGUAUUACACUUUGAUAUGAAGGCUUCUAUUGUUGUAAGACUUGUUGUUGCAUGUUUUCACCACUGGGUGGUGUGUGCGCUCCACUGCUGUAACCCCUCUGCACUGAAAUGCCAGCUCUAUUCUGUCUAUAAAUGGUGCGGUUAUGAGCACAUUAUCCAGUGAGGAUAAGAUCUUAGCUAUUACAAUCAGAGAUAAAUCAGUGCCAACAAAAGUUAAAUAUCCAGCUCAUGUCAGUCUGUAGUUUUGCCUUGUGUUCCUUAAAUUCUCUUGUGGACAAAGGAACCCCGUUUUAAAGUAUGUGCCAAUGUUAAUACAUUUAAGAGUCAUUAUCAGAUGCAUGAGGGGGAGGGAAAAUGCUAUUUUUAGACUUAAAUACAGGCUCUAAAUUAAGGGACAACCCUGCUUUUUCCCCACUUCCUGUUGUUGUGUGAACUCCUUCCAUGAAUUCAGGAUUUCUCUUCUAAGAAAUCAACUCUGCUGAUUGAAGUUUGGUGCUAUAGAGAUGAUAAAGGAUGAAUAAUAGGGAAUAGAGACUCUUAAAGAGGUUUCCAGAGUACAUGUGAAUUGUUUGGUACUUAGUACUGCUUUGAUUGCUCUACCUGGAUACAUACAGUCUAAAUUUGUACAGUCUAUACAAUUAAACUUGCUUCUACUAUUGCUUAUGGAGUUGCACCAAAUAACUGAGUUGCUGAGUUCAUGACUAGGGAAUCUGUAACGUUCAUGAAAUGGAUGCAGUUUGCUCUGUAGUUGGUUGUGACUUAAUUUUUCUGUUGUUUAAUGUUAAUUUAACUUAAUUCAAAUGUAAAUGUUUUUCCUAGCUCUUACUUUUCUGAUUACUUUUGCAGAAAACUGAGGUCUCGUUCACUUAAAGCAGCGGCUGUCAGCUGCCAGAGGGAAAAUAUGGAGUGAAAAAAGUUGAAUAAAUAUAAUUUAUGUGGAGGAAAUAAAGAAAGGGUUUGCUGAUACUAUCAAGCUGACCUUUAUCUGAUUAAAAUUCCCAUUUAUUGUUAGUGACUGAUAAAAAAUGGUGGAGUGGGGGAUGGGAUAUGAACUUUUUCCAACUUCUGAAGAGGGACAUGACCCAAAAAACAAAAAUGAGAAUCACUGCUUUAAGCGUUAACAGAUGUUGCAUGAAUUUGACCAGAUUGUACUCUGCUGUCAUAUCGGUAAUUCUGGCAUUGUUUUUGAUACACUGUUGUGAAUAGUGGUUUAAUGUGAACAUGUAAUUCCCAUGCAUUUUAAAUGCAAGGAACAUUUUGACCACAAUAUGCUUAAAAAUGUUAGGAACUUCCGAAUGUAUGUGUGUGUUCAGUGUGCUUAUUCAGUAGUGUAGUAAUAUAUCUUGAUGUUUAUGUCUGUCAGGUUGAAUAUUAGCAGUGUCAGAUGAUUUUUGUCUGUAGUGUGUGUGAGGUUAGUUUAGAGGGAUGACAUGUCUAUGCACUGUACCAACACAUUUGUGUCAAUCAGUAUUAUUUAGAAGAAUUCUUAUUUUUUGUAAUAAAAGAGUAAUAUCAGAAAUAGAAUUUUAUUUUUGUUACAUAGAUAUUAUUGUGUGAUGAAAAAGAAACAUGUAUGUUUUUAUAUGCAGUAUAUAAAUUAGUUUUUUCUUGUCUUACCAUGCAGCCCCCUUGAGUUGCUUGUGUAAAUGUUUUGGAUGUUGUCAUACUGUAACGAACAAACAGCCAUUAAAAAAGUCAUACAGCCUUUCA